AUGGCCAACGCGCGCUCGGUUGAUAGUGCCACUACUGAUACACCCCCAUCCGUCAAUUCAACCCCCGACAUGAGUGUCCAAGGAAAUGAGGACCCCGAAAAGGGAAUCCAAGGACCAGAAAAUACAGAGCAGACAAUCGACACACAACCGUCUGAAAAGUCCAUCGCUGCUGGUCCAGCACCCGCAACACCAGCAAUUGGCCCACCGCCGGAUGGAGGUGCAGAGGCAUGGCUUGUUGUUCUGGGAGCAUUUUCCGGACUGUUCGUUAGCUUUGGCUGGAUCAAUUGUAUCGGAGUCUUCCAGACAUACUACGAAAGUCACCAAUUGAGCGAGUUCUCCACUAGCACAGUGACUUGGAUCACAUCUCUCGAGACAUUUAUGAUGUUCGUCUGUGGCCCAAUCUUUGGGACACUGUUUGACAGCUAUGGUCCUCGUUGGAUCCUCCUGGCAGGCACAUUACUCCAUGUUUUCGGUCUGAUGAUGGCCUCCCUCUCAACAGAAUACUACCAAUUCAUUUUAGCUCAAGGAAUCUGCAGUCCAAUCGGCGCCAGUGCAAUCUUCAACGCCUCCGUCAACGCUGUCAGCACAUGGUUCGCCAAACGCCGCGCCUUCGCUUUGGGAGUGACAGCCUCCGGAUCGAGUCUGGGGGGUGUCAUUUUCCCCAUCAUGGUAACCCGUCUGAUUCCUGAAGUCGGAUUCCCUUGGGCUAUGCGUAUCUGCGCAUUCCUCAUUCUGUUCAUGUUGGUAAUUGCCAAUGUGACCCUCAAGUCCAGACUGCCGCACCGUCCCAAGCCUUUCGACAUCCUCAGUUUCGUGCGGCCAUUGGCAGAGUUAAAGUUCUCGCUGACGCUUGCGGGCGCUUUCUGUUUCUUCUGGGGAAUGUUCUUGCCUUUUACUUUUGUGAUUACUCAGGCAGAGAGAUAUGGCAUGUCCCCUGGUCUGGCGGGAUACUUAAUUCCCAUCCUGAACGCCGCGAGUAUCGUCGGUCGUACCCUCCCGGGCUACUUCGCCGAUAAAGUCGGCCGUUAUAACAUGAUGGUCGUCACAACCUUCUUCUCUGCAAUUCUCGUUCUCGCUCUCUGGCUUCCAUCGCGAGGAAAUGUUCCUGCCAUUAUUUUCAGUGCUUUGUAUGGUUUCGGCUCCGGUGCUUUUGUCUCUCUUGCCCCCGCGUGCAUCGCGCAGAUUUCGGACCUCCGCCAGGUCGGCGUGCGGAACGGUACUUUCUUUGCUAUCAUCUCCUUCGCGGCUUUGACUGGUACUCCUAUUGGCGGUGCUCUUGUUCCGGAUGUGCUUCAUGGCUCUUAUACAAAACUGCAAAUCUUCUGUGGUGUUGUGAUGAUUGCUGGGUCCAUACUAUUUGUGUUGGCGAGAGUUGUCGUUGGUGGUGGGUUCAAGCUGAACAAAGUGUGA